GAACCAUCUCAUCAUCGACGAAUUAAAUAUUCUAUAGGACAGCGACAUUUUACAAUUAAGACUAUAGCAUCUAUAUUUUGAUAUACAGUCAUUGGGGACUGUAUAAUAUCACGUAUGCCAUGAUUGAAUAGCCCGGUUAACAAGAGAAAAAAGGGGCAUAUCAUGCUUCGCACCAUUUCCACUACUUCAAGAUUGUUCUUCACACCCAGGUGUCUGAUUAAACCACUAUGGCUUACACGAUCUAUGCAGCAUCAGCCAUACGAUGCCUCCUUUGAUCAAGAAGAGCUUGCAGAAGCUAGAGAAUGGCAUACUUCGUUUAAUAGGAGUCAAUUACCCAAAGGUUAUACAAAUUACUCCAGAUCAAGCGGACCAGGGGGACAACAUGUUAAUAAAACCGAGACCAAGGCGACAACAGUAUGGCCUGUUAAGGAACUAUCUAAAAGUUUGCCAAAGCUCGUAUUCGCAGCACUGAGAUCCUCUAGAUACUAUUCUAAAGGGAAUGAUAGUAUCUCAAUUCAAUGCCAGACCCAACGAAGCCGAUCGGCAAAUGAAAAUGAGAAUCAUCUCAAAUUAGCAGAGGAGAUUGAAAAAAUCUAUAAGGAGAAUGUUCCUGGGGUGUCUAGCCAGGAGAAAGCUAAGAAGCAUGAAGCCUUAAGAAAAAAAGCGUACGAAGCCCGAGCGAAUUUGAAGAAGUAUAAAAGUUCGAAGAAGUCGGAACGGAGAGGAAAUACGCAUGAUUCCUAGAAUAAGUAAUACAGAUAUACCCCUCCUUGAAUCAAUCAUUUUUGGAACCCUAGUAUUAUUAAAACCUUCGCCUGCCGUAGACAAAUAGAUAAUUAUGUAUCGACGUUAGAUCGACUAUUAAUAUCAAUGAAGGCCAUCCCAAAGGAAAAGGGGGCUACUUUGGUACUUCAACCAAUCCUGGUUCUUUGGUAAGUGUAGGACAUACCUAGAUAACUGUGCAAUCUUCAGUAGAAUAGGUGCUUCAUAUAACGAGGAACAAAUGGUGUAACUUGAUGAAUUGCCUCAAAUAAUAAGGAGGGUCGCACAGGAUCAUAUAUGUAUACCGGUGUCGGGUUUG